UUGAGGAUAAUGGAUAAUGAUGAGGAUAAUGAUCGGUUUUCUCUCUGCUCCAAAUGAACAAUAUUUCAAGAUUGCUUACAUGCCCGGGAGUCGGGGCAAACUUUCCGUAUGUGUGUGCAUUUGUUUUGUUGUUUUGAUGCUCCUGUGCAUGCUGGUCAGUUAGCCCAUCUCAGACUGCGAAUUAGUGCGCAUGCGUGAUACUUGAACAAUGGACAAAGGCAGUCUGAAUGGGCACGCCAAACAACAGGUAUGACAAAAAAAUCGGAAUUGUGCAUUAAAGAGCAUAUGACACCAGAAAAAAAGUCUUAAAUGGCAUUAUUUUGUGAAUUAGAAUCAUAGUUUGAGACGAUUCGACUAUAUACAACAAUUUAGCAAAGCGCAGAUGACGAGAAAUUAGUCUUUUAAUCUGCCGGUUAGCCACGCCUACCAUUAUAGGGCUUUAGCAUCCCCAACAGGUGGAUGACGUCAGCGGUAGACUGGGCUCAUCGGUUUUACAAUUCAGCCCAGUGAGGGGGAAUUGUUCAGAACGAGGAAAACGCGACGAAGAGAGACGCAAAAUGUCAUUGUUUCAGUCUCUCUACUCCAAUAUUUUUACAGGAUAUUCUUUUUAUCCAAGUAUUUUUCCCCAAUAGCUAUAUAAAUGGCUUGAGAAGGACCAGUCAGCCCGUCGAGGGGGAACUAUUCACAACGAGGAAAACUCGACAGAGAGCGGCAAAAUGUCAUUGUUUCUGUCCCUUUACUUCCAUAUUUUUACAGGAUAUUCUUUUUAUCCAAGUAUUUUCCCCAAUUGCUAAAUAAAUGGCAUGGCCAUGACAAAAAACAAUCUUGUGCUAAAUGGAAUAUGAAAUAAUAAAAAUCCAUUUAUUCAAGACGACAUGGCCAUAAUGGUCAAAACUGUCGACUUCACCUUUACUGUCGCACCUCCCGAACGAUAUUUUAUGACACCUAAAUCGGACAUAUGUUAUUUCCCUUCCCCGGCUUCGGAGAAUGUAAACAAACCAGAAGGAGUGACAGCUAGCCGACAUGCUAACCCGAACCGAGGGAUGUUUCAAAGUCUUCGAAGUGGAAAAUCACACGUAACUAGCCUGGAUUAUUUGACAUGACGACCCGGUUGUCGAAUGUCUUCGCGGAUCGGCAAACCGCCCGGCGGAGAGCAAUUUACAGUUCGUUCCCGGGAGGAGGGUGGCUGGAGUUGUUGUGCAGCUAACAGCUAACUGCUAAUGAGCAUGAGGAGAGCUUUUUACAUGCCUAUCAAUGAUCAAACCUAAGUAGUCCUUUAUUUAAAGGAAUUUUGUAGUGUUUACUUUGUAAUCACUGUAUUCGUAUUUGACAUAAUACAAAACAAGAUGUUUACUCACUUCCUCGUAAGUCCAAUGGUCCCACAGUAAAUAGCCACGGUGAAUGGGAAACUUUUGAAACUCCAAAAAGGCGCAUACGCCUCUCCCGCACACAGAAUGAUUUUUCUGCAGCCGUUUGGCUGGCGUGAUGCGAAAAAUAAACGUAUUAAUCCGCAAAAUCAGCUGAAUCCUUCGUCCUCAUACACAACAGUACACUGUAUAGUGAAGAGGACGUCUUCUACCGUACACGUCACAGCGCCCUCCUCCUCAAUGCAAGACCGAAGCCGGAAGUCACUCAUUUUCAUGGCGCGGGAUUCAAAAAACUAAAUAAAUAUAGGGAUCGCUUCCACACACAUCCAAGCGGUCCAUAUCAUUCAGGGGCAUAAAAUACCGCGUGUAUUAUGAAAUAAACAUGCUUUUUCGUGUCACAGGCACUUUAAGACCUGCGGUAUGAACCUAGCCAUACUCUGCUUAUGCAAUACAUAUGCAUACUGCCUAAUCUUUAUGUUCAAUUCAAAAGUUGUGCUGAUCUCAGCUUCUGGUUCACUGCUUUAUAGCUUGAUUUUCUGUUACUGUUGGAUCCAGGUGCGGCAACACAACGAACUGGGUGUGUACUUGAUCAACCUGUCGGUGGCAGAUCUUCUAUACAUCGGCACGCUGCCCCUGUGGAUCGACUACUUCCUGCAGCAUGACGACUGGAUCCACGGGCAAGAGAGCUGCAAGCUCUUCGGGUUCAUCUUCUACACCAACAUCUACGUCAGCAUCGCCUUCCUAUGCUGCAUCUCGCUGGACCGUUACCUGGCCGUGGCCUACCCGUUGAGAUUCGUCAAAGUACGACGAGUCAAGACAGCCAUCUUGGUGAGCACCAUGGUAUGGCUGAUUGAGAUCAUUGCCAAUUCCGCGCCGCUCUUCCAUGACGAGCUCUUCCAGGGCCGCUUCAACCACACGUUCUGCUUCGAGAAGUUCCCCAUGCAGGACUGGGUGGCGGGCAUGAACCUGUACCGGGUCUUCCUGGGUUUCCUAGCGCCGUGGAGUGCCAUGUUAGUGGCUUACCGCGGCAUCCUGGUUGCCGUGCGCUGCAAUGUCUCCACCGAGCGACAGGAGAAGGCCAAGAUCCAGCGUUUGGCACUGAGUUUGAUUCUGAUUGUGUUACUCUGCUUCGGGCCGUACCAUAUCCUCCUCCUGGUGCGGAGCGUGAUGUUUCUCAGAAAACCGUGUGACUGCGGUUCGGAGGAGCGAUUAUUCGCCGCAUACCACGUCUCGCUGGCGCUCACCAGCCUCAACUGCGUCGCUGACCCUAUUUUGUACUGCUUCGUCAACGAGGGCGCCAGGCACGAUGUGGGCCGGGCUCUCUCCACACUGAUAACCUUUACGUGCCGCAGGGGUUCUGCUUCUUCACCGUCGCAGGCUGACGUGCUCAAUGCCGGAUCAGUCACUUUGGAAACUCCACUGGCGGCCAAGAAGCAACCGUGCGUGAACGCUGACGGCUGCCAAACUAGUGGGUACAAGACGGAAGUGGGGGCGCUCAAGGAGGAAUGUCUACAGAUGACCAUACUUACAGGCAGGAAGUGAUUUGAGACUUGAGAGGAAACACGUUUUAUGUCAGGGCUUCAAAUGAAUUUUCUAAGACAGGAUUUGACCGUUAAAGAAGUACACUAUUAACUAAAAAAUUUGAAAAACUAUAAAAUACAGACAAAAACGAAGUAGAGCUGUAGAAAUGUAAAGUUUACUGUCGUUUUUUAACUGAAUAUUCCGGAAUCAUUUGUUUUAAUUUUUUAUACACUUCGAUCCAUACGAAACUGGGAUUCAAGCCCACACCGUCAUUUGGCAGUCGAGCGUGUUGACUACCGAGCUACUGAAGUCAGUUUGGAGCAAGUGCUAUGUGUGUAGAAUUUUGAAGAACAUAAUUACCUGAGAUGUUAAAAGAAAAUACUAGCAGCCAAAGCUGGACUGGGAUAUUAGCUCAGUAGACAGCAUGAUCGACUACCACAGUGACAAACCCCAGUUAGAGAGGCAGUACUGUGAAAAAAUCAAACUGCUCUUUUGUUAUAAAAUAACAGUUAAAUUAUUAGGGUUUUUUUCACCAGUAUUUUACUGUAAAUUUACAGGGUUUUUCUUUCUUUUUUUUUUUUUUUUUUUGUAACAAUAUAGGGUGAGAGUUUCACAUUAGGACUGGGAUCUCAAUCAAGGGUGAGGGUUUCAAAUGAUCGUUUCAUGGCAAGAGCUGAGGAUUUAAAAGGCAGUUUCAGAUGUUGGUUCGUUUUUGACAACAUUUCAAGUCAGAUUUUUAAUGCUUCAAAAUAGGGUUCCAGAUUGGGUUUAAUUGGUUGAUUAAGAUUUCAAAUUGGGAUCACGAUUACGAGAAAGAUUGGAAUUUCAAACAAGGUUUCAUUUUGGGGUUAGGUUUUCAAAUUAGGGUUAUGGUUUCAAAUCAAGGUUUUGGGUUCCAAGCCAGGCUUUCCUACAAUGUUUUUGUUUGUGUUUCAGAAACUGUGAAGGGUACCGAGAUACAGUGAGAUUUAGCACCAGUGGUAGCGUACUGAAGGGUGCUGACCUAUUUAAACUUAAAAAAAAAAAAAAACAAUGUGGACCAGACAUCUUGGUGAAAACAUGUUUGAGGACCCAUCACUUCCUGUUGUAGAGGAAGGGAAAUUGUGAUUAAUCAACAUUUCACCGCCAAGAAUCAGGAAGCAUCACAGGCGUCUUCUGUGCCAAGAUUCCAUUGGGAUUCAUUCAGGCAUUAACUUUCGUUUUCCUGCCAUGUAAUCCACGCAUGGCGACUGUUGUUGAUGUUCUGUCUGGUUUUUAGAUAUUGAAAGUCAAGUUUGUAAGUUAUUCAUUGUUUUGUUUAUGAACAGAAUAAACGAUAUUAUCACCUCGCCGGCUCAUCCUCAAACCUGUAGGGAUUGGUGAGGUAAGAAAUCCAUGAUCAUAUUUGUCUAUUACUCAUUUGAUAGGGACUGUGUAUUUAUUUUGGGAUAAAUUAUUCAAAUAGGCUAACAUGUGGUUACGGCUACAGAAUAGGUCCAAUUUAUUCCGCCUCCAAGCAUGACCAAUGUGACCCCGAAUCCAUUUGCGGAUGAAAAGCGGAAAAACAUCACUGCAAACUGCUCGUGCUCAGAGCAGUGAUUCACAACCAAUUGGAGAUGUGACAAAAUGCAGGGAAAAUGGUACUUUUGAUGAAAUUAACCUCAAUUCACUUGAUCAAGGUUUGAUGGACGUGUACCUUUUUUAAGUGUCCUGGGGUCCAAAGACAUGCCCCACAUUCAGUGAACAAAGCGGACUGGGAUUUUUCCCCCGAUGUUCUGACCCUAAGUGGAUUUUAUGGGGGGGAAGCAGGCCCCCCUGGUGUCCAAAAAAUGUGUUUUCGCAUGUAAUUGACUUUCCUAUAUUUAUAUAAAAGUUGAAAAGCAGUGAAAAACUGCAACAAAAAUGAAUGAAACGAACAAAAAAAUAAAUUUUUAUAACGGGUCAAAAUUAUUUUUCGAGCACCUUAGAUGGUCAUUUGCUUUGCAUUUAAUUAAAAAAAAAAAAAAAAAAAUUUAAAUGAUUUUUUUCUUUGACCGAAAAUAUUUUUUUUUUAUUUGAAGCAACUUUUUGGGAGAUUGAAUGAUUUAGACACAAAUGUCCUAAUCAUAAUAUGGCCCAAACACAAAAAAAUCAAAGAUCAAAAAUCAAUCAAAGAAAACUUUUUCAAUGAAAAAUUGUGUUCAAAUGCAAGUUUUUCAAUCUCAAAUAUUUUUUGGCAUUCAAAAACUUUUUCUAUGAUUGAAUUUUCUUUUUUUGAUUGAAGUGAUUUUCUUUUUAAAAAUCUAUUUGAAAAAAAAUUAAGGCGACUUAUUUUUUCAUUGAAUAAUAGAGACACUAAUGUCCAAGCCAAAAUGAGGCCCA